AGAGAGAGACCAACCCACUGAAAACAACUUUGAGUGGAACUACUUCAGCAGCUGAAAUCAUGUCAGCAAUGCAGAGCUCAUUCUGCAAACCUCAAUUUGGCCUGUGGCUCAUAGAGCAGGUGGAAAGUGGGCUGUACGAGGGAUUGCGCAUGAUCCCCGCAUCCAAUGACACAUUUCGGAUCCCUUGGAAACACAACGCCUGCAGAAACCUCGGGGAAGAGGAUAUUAAAAUAUUUAAGGAAUGGGCUGUGGUUAGUGGAAAGAUCAACGAACACCCUAACAACAAAGCGAAAUGGAAGACAAAUUUCCGUUGUGCACUUUACAGUCUGAAAAACUUUCAGAUGUUGCAUGAUAACUCAAAAGAUAAGGAUGACCCUCACAAAAUCUAUCGCAUCAUCCGUCCUCAGAAUCACCAAGAGACUCAAUAUCAACCCACAUUCAUUGCUGAGAUCUACAAACCUGAAAAUAAUUACACGGCUCCAGAAUUGGAGCAAGACUUGCUCAACCAGAUGGAAACUGUCGAUCUAAAUCAACCUUCAGAGGCCCAACAAUGGGAGACCUGUUCCCAUCAAAACAUACAGACCACUCAAACCAACUAUUUUGACACCUCCUACUCCGAUGUGCAUUGCAUGCAGAAUAACACACCUCCUCCAGUCCAGCAGCCCAUCAUUACAGAGAACCCACUUUCCAUCCAUGACCUUGAGAUCUCAAUCAGCUACAGAAAAACAGAAGUUCUGAAAACCCGCCUGUGUUCACCACUGGUUCAGUUUUACUACCAGUGUGACCCAUCUGAGCUUAGAGGAGCAACCAUACGCUUCCCAAACACUGAGGGUCUAAUUGACCACAAACAAGUCCAGUACACUAAAUGCAUCCUAGAGAGUAUCCAAAGAGGUCUGCAGCUGGAAAUAUCCCAAUAUGGCAUAUACGGCUUCCGGCAGGACAAGUGUAAUGUGUUUGUCAGCACCUGCGACCCCUCCGAGAUCCAGAACCCAGAGCCCAGAAAACUGCGUCAGUACUUCAAGGAGGAACUGCUGAGCUUUGACAAGUACUUAAAAGAUUUAAAGGAUUUCCAAGAGAACAAACGUGGGUCUCCAGAUUAUACCAUCUACCUGUGCUUCGGGCAGAAACUCCAAGAUGGAAAGCCUUUGGAGAAAAAACUCAUAGUUGUCAAAGUUGUACCUCUGAUAUGCCGUGAAUAUCACGAAAGAGCUCAAAUGGCGGGAGCGUCCUCUCUUCUAAACGACAACGAUAGCUUGCAGAUCUCCCACAACAGUCUUUUUGACCUUAUAAACUCUUUGGGUCAGCCUUCAAUGGAUUAAAUCAUGCAUGUCUUUCAUUCAACUAGUCAUUUGACAUUCAGUAUAAAUACAUUUUUGUUGUAUCUGAACUUUCCAUAGGUUAUUUCAAUGGGGCAUUCUUAAAUGGUUUGGUAGGGGCUCGUUUGGCUUGUAUUGUAAAUGGUCAGAAUUUUAGGCAGGGUGUGGUUCUUCUGCUAUGUAAUAAUGUUAAUUUAACUUAAUGAAACUACAGUAUAUUGUUCAAAUUAACUGAAAUGUUGUGUAUUCUGAAACAUUCUCUGAUGAGGUCUGAGGCCUCAUUUUCAUAUCUUGUCUUCUAGUGAAGAGUCUUUUACACUUCGUCCAAAGGGCAUUGCUUCUAGUCUAUUUCCUCUAUGAAUGAGAUGUCUUGAAAGUUUGGUGUCAUAUUAAGAUGCUGAACUUAUUUAAAUACUAGUGGUUGUUUGAUAAGGGUUUUUUUUUUUUUUUUUUAAAUGUAUUGUCUGAUACCAAUAAAUGACAGCAUGCACUCAGGCUGGUAUGAAUGAAACGUGAUAAUCAUGUUAUUUAGCCUGAUUUGAGAAUGUUCCAAUCACCAUCUUGUGUGCUUCAGCGGAAGCAAAGAAAUCUGACCUAUUAUAAGUUUGCGUAGUCAAUGAUAUGAUUAGUGGCCUAGAGUAGAAAUAGCACAGAAUAUUAAAUACAAUUAUUGAUUUUAUGUCAUAAAAUUUUUGCAACAACUAAAAGGGUUUAUUUCUAGUUUGUUUAAAAUAAGAUAUUUAAUCCCA